GUGGCCUAUUGGCGGAAGUGUAGGGAGGCUCGCGAGCCAAUCGGGGCUCGGGGCGCAGAUUGCAGCCAGCGGGUGGACGCCAGGUGAAAUUCUGUGUCAGUCGAGUUUCUGCUGUCAUUCUGGAACGAUUCCACAUAGUGCCCAUUUCCCAAACCUGAUCGAACGAUGAUCUUCAUCGCUUAAUCGCAACAUUCCGCUAAGGCUGCAUGAGGACGAGGCUAUGAUUUCGCUCAAGUUCCUGUACAGCAACCCACUGGGGGCGCUGCUAACGGGCUCCAAAUGCCACUCCACGUCUUCGUCUUCCUCUUCGACGGGAGGAAACGGGACGAGUACGACCUCCGGCAACAGUGACGAAUGGGCCGUUGUGCCUGCCGAUCAGGACCCCGCCGUCGUCCGCGACCCCCAGUGGCAGCGGUACGCCCUGUCCAUCCCCCGGGCCCAGUCCUUCCGAGGGGUCCUUCUUCAGGGCUACCUCGUUCACCCGCACGUACUGCGUGGUCUACACGACUUCAAGAUCCGCGCUGACGACGUCUUUGUCAUUACUUAUCCAAAGUCAGGUACAACAUGGAUGGAGGAGAUUGUGUCCCUAAUUUACAACGGCGGUGACCCCGAACGCGUCAAGAACAAGCUACUGGCCUACCGAGUGCAACAUCUGGAGGUUGGUCCCCCGGUGGGUCACCUAUGGCACCUACGAAAGACACGAGCUCCGAGACUUCUAGCAACACAUUUGCCCCUCAGGCUCAUCCCCAAGCAGUUGCAACAGGCAAAGUGCAAGGUCAUCUACGUGAUACGAAAUCCCAAGGAUAACGCAGUCUCUUACUAUCACCACCACAAGAUUAGUACCUUUCUCGGAAACUACAAGGGAUCCUGGGAUGAAUUUCUCGCUCACUACAUGGACGGACACGUUGUAUACGGCUCGUGGUUCGAGCACGUUUUACCCUACUGGCAAUUCUACCUGGAGCAUCCGGAUCGAGUGAUGGUUGUCUCCUUUGAGGAGCUCAAGAUCGACCUCUCUGGUAUGGUUCGCCGUAUCAGCCAGUUCCUGGGAAAGCCGCUGGGCGCCGACGCCAUCGCCGCCGUGGCCAACCACUGCUCUUUCGAUCAGAUGAAGAACAACAACAUGGUCAACCGAGAAGUGCUUCCAAUUACUGACCUCUUUGACAUGUCGCAGUCCAAGUUUAUGCGCAAAGGCAUAAUCGGCGACUGGAAGAACUACUUCACCCCAGAACAGUCCAAAGCCUUUGACGAAUUGUACGCCGAACGCAUGGCCGACAGUGGACUGGACCUUGUGUUCGAGCCCCAAGACGCCCUGGAACGGAUGCGAAAACUGGGGCGCAUCAUCGUCACCCCUGACCCUAGAGUCUCCUGGGGGUCUUCUGACCCUGACACCCCCGAUGAAGAAGGCAGCACGCAGUCGUGCCCCUGCUUCUUCGACUCCCCAACGCUGACCAGACGAGACGUGCCCCUGCACCAUUCGUUUCUGACACCCGAUCCUCUGUCUCUUACCGGCUAGCAACUGCAGAUACUCAAGCACUACGCCAGGUAGCGCUUGAGUAUGACCUCCGGCACAUCUGUGCAAAAUACUCUGGAUUUUAAGAACCGUGGUUCUGUUGCAGGGACUGUCGCAAAAGGACGAUUCCGCCGAUGACUUCAAGUGCCAUUGACAAGUGCUAACGUGUUUUGGUAUCGAUAUUCAUGUGGUUGGUAGAGAGCACGCAUGCAACGACAAAUUGGCGGGGGUCCGUGCUUCAUUUUUUUUUUUUUUUUCAUUUCAAGGUCGACUCGUUUGUCAGCGUUCGGCAAAAAUUUGGGACUCCUAUGGGGGGGUUUCGGAGUCAAGAGACGGAAUGCACUUUGUUUCAUUGUACAUAACUUGGUCUGUCUUUGGACGUCCCUCGGAAGGACAACGAUUUGGAGACAUUGUAAAACUUCCGAAAUAAAGUGAGGUUAUUUAUUUGACGA